AAUCAUCUUUAUAGCUUUGAAAAACAGUCGUGAGGAGAGAGAGAGAGAGAGAGAGAGAGAGAGAGAGAGAGUAGGAGCAUUUCAGUUGAGCCUAUUCUGCCCUGGUUCGUGUUUGCUGCGGUGACACGGUGCCGCACUGAGUGAAGAUUGCGUUCAUAAUCACUUAUCGGGGGUGGAGUGGGGAAAGGAGAGUCAGGAAGUGAGGAUAUUUAUAUUAUUUGACAUAUUAUUUGAUAGCAUGUCAACUUUUGUGUGUGUGUGUGUGUGUGGGUGGGUGGGUGGGUGUUGGAUCAGUGACAGGUGGCGCUGGGGAGUUACCACGGCGAGCGACUGGCUGGCUGCAGUGUUUUGGUCAGCACUGGUCAAUCUUGCCCUACACGCUCUAUUAACCAGUGUUUCCGUCUUCCCGACACCUUCUUCCUGCACCAAGCACCGUCAAGCAUCACCAGAGAGGCACGAGUACGUAAGUGAACCCAAGUCACCCAAUCCUUCAGCAGAGACAUCCCAAGGGACGCGUAGACUCUCGUGGGAGGACAGCACCUUAAAGCAUCAAGAAGACUGCAGCAGAACUGGCUCUUAUCUUUAUCGCAAAGAGGAUACGUACCUAUGAGAGAUAGGAGCAGGUUUGGCAACUCAGUGCUGACAGAACCGUCUUUACCAAGAACCACGGCCCUUCUGCUGAUCUGGAUUCGGGGCUGGGAUGCCAGGUGAGUGCCGAGACCCGAGAUGGCGGGCGCCGAACUGAAGAAUCUAUAGUGUUAAUAAUGCAAGAAGUAAUGGAAAGAUGAUGAACUUCACUCUGAGGAAGACAACAUUUCACCAUUUCCUACCAAAACAACUCAUCCUUACAGCUUUAUUAUGACGCUUCAGAAUAGAAUUGGAGGUAAGGUGUAACUCCUAUGAAACAAAAGUAAAAUGGGACAGUGUACUAGUGGGGAGCUUCCUCCUCACACCAGUGAUGGAACUGACUUAAACGCGACUCUGCAAGUGCCAGAGAAUGGCACAGAUGUAUCACCUCAAGAGUCUCCAAUCAAGAGAGCAACAGGCCAUAAAUUUUCACGGCGAAGCUCUUGGUCCAAUAAAUUCAAGAAAAAUAAAUCCAAAGACUUAUCAGCAACAUUCAAUUUGUAUGAUUAUGACUACAAGAAAAAUUUAUUAAAUAUUAACACUGCUGCUGAAGAAGAAUUAAUGAUCCUGCCCGGAGUGACUCGCUCUGUAGCAAGAAACAUUGUGGAAUACCGAACAGCCAUUGGAGGGUUUCGUCGUGUGGAAGACCUGGCAUUGGUGUCAGGUGUGGGUGCAACUCGCCUCCAGUCAUUUAAGAGUGACAUCACUGUAAAAAGGAUGUCUUCAAGUCGCUCAUCAUCUCGAACACAGAGUAUAGAUUCUCUACCAAGCUAUGGGUCUGGACGAUCACAGCGGUCACAGCAGUCACAAGGUGGGCGUAGUGUCCAUGGAUCACCUAUCCGAGCCAUCAAUGUAAAUGCUGCAUCCAUCUUUGAUCUGAUGAAUAUACGUGGAAUGAAUCAAGAGUUGGCAGCCAACAUUGUAGAGUACAGAGAAAGAAAAGGUCCUUUCAAGAACAUUGAUGACUUAAUUAAAGUCAAAGGGAUAUCUGGUCGUGUUCUCAGUAUCCUGAGGAUGUAUCUUACAGUCAGCAGUGUCUCUCCAGCCUCCCCCCAAGUCAGUGAUGUGAUCUCAGUUGCAAGCUGUAGCAAAAUGUCUUCACGUAAUCUUAAUGGCAGAAUGGCAGGUCACCGAAGAACAUACUCUGCUCCACUUAAUAAUAAUGGAGAGGACAUCGAGCAACCAUCUCUUGACUUAAAAGGGAUAUCCCUGAGAAAUCCUGUUGACUUCAGCACAGACAUUUAUGAACUUCUCUCCUUAAGAUCUGAACGUCCAGUAGUGAAAGAAGUGUUCACUGGGAACUACCAGGGCCAGCCAGCCAUCAGAGUUGCUACUUGGAAUUUGCAGCAGCUAACAAAAGAAAAGAUUUGUAACCUUGGAGUUUUAGAAGUUGUGUGUCGCACAAUUUUGGAAAAUGGUUUCAGCUUUAUUGCCAUACAAGAAGUUGGCAGCAAAGAUGUUUUAGAGAAGAUAUGUUGUGAACUGAAUCAUAGUAGCUUAAGGCGUGUUCGAGAGUGGACAGGAGCCAAGGGUGAAUGGAGGUGGCAGGUGUCAGAAGAACCUGUUGGUGACAUGGCAGAACAGGGAGCCGAGUAUGCGGCCUUCAUCUACAAUGUGCAACAUGGUCUCCAGUUAUUGUCUGCAUCCCUCCUCAGCAUCCAUGAAAACAAUGGCAGCGCCUUCUCCACAAAGCCCUAUCUUGGCUACUUUAAGGUUAAUGACUUUGAAUUUGUUGUGAUAAAUCUUCAUAUAAAUGGAAGCAAACUAGCCCAAAGCAGUGGUACAAGCAACUUAACUGACUCUGGAGAGGAUAAGGAAGGCAGUCCAAGCCACAAGGUAUCUCAGCUGGCCCCACUCGUUGCUGCUCUCAGAGACAAGCUUGUCACGGAAAGAAACAUCAUUCUGUUGGGAGACUUCAGUAUGAGUCCAGAAGACAUUGCUUUCAAUAUAUUGAGAGAAACCUCCUACACAAACAUUGUUCCAGCUGAUACUAUGACUGGCACAACUAAAGAAACAGUUUAUUAUGACAACAUUUGGCUGAAUCCCUGCAUCACUACUUUAUAUACAGGACACUGGGGAAUAGUUAAUGAAGGACUGAGUCAUCUUGCCAUCCCAUCUGGCUGGGGCUGGGGAGGAGCAGUGAGUGAACACUGCCCACUGUACUGUGAUCUCUUCUGCCAUGGCACCCACACAUUGCAUCAACGUGAAGCUAGAGUUUUAUGGUAUUGAAAUUACAUAGCAGCUUAGUAACAAGGAUACUAGGGAAUAAGUGAUGAAAGUUUGAGUCGUUUGGCUGGUCCUGGAGAAAGAGUGUGACUUACCACUGUACUGUGGUCUCUUCUGUCUCGCCACCUACACAUUUCAUCAGCGUAAAGCUGGAGAAAACAGCAUGGUAGACUACCAACUGCUCUAAGUGUUGUAUGUAUAGUGUAAAAGGCUGUUGUUAUAUUUGACUUCAGUGACUUCUCCCAUCUACUUAUAAUGCCCAUUAUUUGCUUUAUAUUAUCUUGCUUUUGACUCUUCUCUUAAUGAUCUAGGCAUUCAGAACUUUGAAAUUUCUGCUACUUGUAAGAAACUUGUGAAGUUUAGUUUGAAAUUCUACGUUGAGAAACAUGCAUACAUGGUGUGUGCAAAACUUCUUAAUAACUGAGACAAUAUGUGAUAAGCCAAAUUUCAAUAUAGGUACUAGCAAAUGUGUUCAAGAUAGCAGGAGUUGUGAGUUGCUGGUCCAGAUUCCUUUAAGCUUUAAUGUUUUGGUCUGCUAAUAUAUCCAGUUCCUUGUUGCAUCGAA